AUGAGCAACUACGCAAAUGGCUUUAGUGUGAUCAAGAAACUAGUGGUAAAUACAUCUAUGCAAGGCAAAAUGGCUACGGCUGGAAAAACCUCUCCGAAAAAAUCGACGAUGAUGGCCACUGCCAUCAAGCUGAACCGAGGAUGGAUUAUUUUAAUGUGGAUUGCUACAUUGAUCUUCGGUACAAGCAGUGGCAGUAGCAGCAGCGCAUUGGGAGUCGCGCUAGGACAAGGAAUUCCGACAUGGAUAUCCCUGGGAAUCAAAUCUCCUUUUAUUGUAUUCCGAGCGGAACAGGAGGUGCUAUCGAAUAAUAGCGUGUUGCUGAACCUUACAGACAUACGGAACAAGCUUAAGUCCGUUCAUAACCUCGAUCAUUUCAUCCGUCCGAUCGAUGGUAAUGUUGAGAAUAAAAACACCAGAAAAGAUCCGUUCGCACCGAAAGGGGCGAGCGGAAGGAUAGGGAUUGCUGGCACUAACGCACCACCUGCUGCGCCACCCGUAUUUAGUGCCGAGAGUGCGUUCAGCAGUGGCAAUGUUUCGAUAACGUUCCUCACCACGGUAGCCCCUUCAUUUGUGAACCACUUUGAAAAAACCAGCGGCAACGAAGGAGAGCACGGCGCUCGACCGAUACUGUCGGUGAGGAGCAAACCUCAGCAUACACCGAGUGUGAUAGGUGCUGGGGAUCAUAUGAUUUCCGACGACGAUGGAGGAGGCGCUGGAAGUGGGAAAAAGGAGCGGAAAUACAUCAUCCCACUAGCGCUGAAGACGUCCACGAGUGAAAAGGAGAAAACAUCGUCCGUAUUUCAUGGUUCAUCUACCAAUAUCGACGAUCUGAAGCGGCAUAUUUUGAUGUUACAGAAUCUGACUCAAUCCGAUAAAAACUUUCAAAGCAAAUUUGUAGUUUUUCCCUCGCUGCAGAAGAAUGGAACCGAACGAAUUGGGCAGACUGCGGUCACCACCGUACCGGCAACAGUUUCACCGCAUCAUUUAUCGCUGGCAGCUGGAGCAUCUUCCACAAAGGAUGUGAAAGAGUAUCGAAACUUUGCGGAGUCAAAUCGCGGUCAAAGGACGAAAGGGGAUACAGCUACCCCAAACAAUCGAUCGGCGGGACGGACCCAGAUCUCCGCUUCGAUCAAUAUGCCAAAGAAAGCAUUUCCAGACUCGCACGACAUCAUGUCUGACAAGAAGGAAGAGGGACUGCAAGCGUUCAAAACGGAAAAAAUCACUAUAGUGCCACAAGUAUUUUUGCAGAAUGAUCAAACAAGUGAAACUGUCAGCGAUAAGGAGCAGCAACCGAACGAAUCUGCCAAUCGAGUUGUAGCCGACAGUGCUAAGAUGACGGCUACAUCCCAGGACGAGAUUGGUUCACCGUUUUCUAGAAUGCGCGAUUCGAAGGAAAAAAAUGUUAUAAGAAAGUUUGGACAUAAAUCAAUGGCAUCUGCUAGUCCCAAACUGGAGCAGACGGUGGGUGGCAUGAAUGGUAGAAACAAUCAAACUGCUCUUACCACGCCACGUAUGAAAAGUAGCGCUAUUACGAAUAAAGGAAAAGGAUUCCCUAUCAGUGCGGGAUCCGUUGCGAUCGAAGAGCAGCAGUGGCACACGAAUGGGCCGAAGCUAAACGGAACGUCAUCGUCAAUGCGUACGACCGCAGCAAAAGGCGAAGGCAAAAAGAAACAACGUAAAAAUGGUAAACGCCGGGGAGGCAAGCAACCUGCCAAACUCAAUGGGGCAAGAGAACAGCCAAAAACGGUAAUAUUGAACGAUGACGCCACGGUACUACAAACGGAUGAUAUCGAGCGUAGCAGCGCUGACGCUCCCCGUCAUGAGAUGCCUGGCAUGCGGCCCACCAAGCCAGGACGUACCACCGGAAGCCGGAAGAGGUCUCCGUCCUCCCGAGUGCGGCGCAACGAGAACGGUGGUGUACAGCAGGUCUCCAGCAGCAAACAACAACAACAACAACAACAACAAAUGUACGGUUCUACCGGACGAUUGCAUGGGCCGAUUAGCAGGGAUGGACGUUACGAGAGCCGAAUGGCUGCGGCACCGGUCAGUGCUUUGGAGACGUUAGCAAGUACAACGGAGCAACUGACGAAUGAAGGAUCCGAUGAGAACAACAAUAGAAGCCACAAUUACCGUAAUCGGACUUUAUCAAUGGAUGGCAACGAGAAAGACAUUAUGGACCUGAACCCGGAUCUGUGCUACACGCUCGACGCGCUAAGUGGCGGACAACAGAAGCUGUGCGCCCAGCACACGAGCAUUAUGCCCGCAAUCAGUCGUGGAGCGCGAGCGGCCAUACAGGAAUGCAAACAUCAAUUUCGGAACCGCCGGUGGAAUUGCAGCAUCGUAAAUGAUGAUACCGUGUUUGGACCCAUAUCAAAUAUAGGAUCCCCAGAGAUGGCGUUCGUGUAUGCAAUGGCCGCGGCUGCAGCGUCUAGUUUUAUUGCACGGGCCUGCCGUGAUGGCCAACUGGCUUCCUGUGGGUGUUCCCGUAGCAGUCGACCCUCCAAGCUAAACGACGACUGGACCUGGGGCGGAUGCGGCGAUGAUAUGGAAUAUGGUUACAAAUUUACACAAACUUUCAUCGACAUUCGCGAGAAGGAGAAAAAAAGGGGCACACGAGGCCUGGUAUCAAUUCCGGCCAAAUAUCCGAAAAUAAUCGAACGACUCUUGGACGCACUCAACGAUACCACCAAAGCAGGCGUAAUGCUGAACGAGACGGACACGAUGCUUCGGCCGGAAGACCUAGAGAAGCUGCAGGAUAAAAUAGCGAAAGAGAUCGCCAACUCGAAUCUUAAUCCGAAGGAAAUCAGCGACCUACAGGAACGGAUUAACAAGGAAAUCACCAACUCCGAGGUAUUCAACCUGAAAAACGUCAACAUUUAUGAUAAAUUGAAAAAGAUAUUCCGAAAACCCGAGAAAACGCUCAACGGUGUACAGUUUAGUGCGUCGGCCAAGGCACGAGCCCUGAUGAAUUUGCAUAAUAAUGAAGCUGGUCGUAGGGCCGUCAUUAAGAAAUCGCGCAUUAUCUGCAAAUGCCACGGAGUAUCGGGUUCGUGCAGUUUAAUCACUUGUUGGCAGCAACUAACGUCGAUAAGGGAAAUAGGUGACUUUUUGAGGGAAAAGUAUGACGAAGCAACACAGGUCAAAGUGAACAAACGAGGUCGAUUACAAGUAAAAGAUCCACGAUACAAAAUUCCCUCUGCUUUAGACCUUAUCUAUCUCGACGAGAGUCCAGACUGGUGUCGCAUUAACCGACAGCUCAUGUGGCAAGGAACGCAUGGUCGUGUGUGCAAUAAGACUUCGUCUGGGCUAGAUGGAUGCUCAAUACUUUGCUGCGGUAGAGGUUACAACACAAAAAAGAUCAUCGUGAAGGAGCGCUGUAAUUGUAAAUUUCAGUGGUGCUGUCAAGUAAAGUGCGAAGUCUGCACGAGAAGCAUUGAGGAAUACACAUGUAAAUAAUAGGGUAAG